AUGCCAGCUUAUAUUUGCCUUGCAAUCAGCUGUUCUCUCUCUGUCCUUUACUUCCAUGUAAGCUCCCCCUCUCUCUCUCUCUCUCUCUCUCUCUGCUACUAUUUCUGUUACAUUUUUUCUUUCUUUACUACUGUUUCUCUCCUUCCCAUGGGUUCUCUUUUAUUUCUGUUGCUCCCCCACAGUUUCAGUUUCUCAUCUCUCUCUCUCUCUCACUCUCUCAACACUGUUACGAUUGAUGUUUCUUCAAGACUAUCUCUGAAGAUCUUUGGUUAUUUUGCUGUCCAGUCUUUCAUUCCAUCCAGUCGUCAGUACGACAGUAACCACAACUGCAUCAGCAGCCGUGGCAGAAGUAUAAUAAAAAUGUCAUCCAAAUUCCAAGGAGAAAAUAUAGAAUUCCCAAUCCUCAGUCCUUCCAUGAUGUCACAACGAGGCAAGCGGAAAUCCUCAAAUGUUGAAAACAUCACUCCGUCAACCAGUGUCUCCCAAGAUCUUGACCUGGCUGACCAAAAUGAUGACUACCCAAACGAAAAAAGACUGAAGUCCUCCUCUUCAAAGGACAACAUUGAAAGUAAAUCGCCAGAAGAAAUUCGUCUUUACAUGGAGGAUACAUUUGAUGUUCGCCGUUCAUUUAUUACAAUUGAAGCCCCAACCAUUGCAAUGAUCAAAGAGACCUAUCCAUACUUAUUUAUGGAUAAGGAAUUACUGGUUGAAUUUCAACGGGUCACUGACCUUGAUAUUGAUCACACCAUUCAGGAGUAUUGUGUCAAGUAUGCCAAUGGUAUUAUUGAACUGGCACGUAACUGCCCGGGUUCAAAUGCCAUUUUGCAACAAGCAAGUGAGGUAAAAGAAGAAAAUGUAGCGCUUCGACAGUACUGGGAUAUGGUCACGGCACUUUGCUUGCUACCCCUCCUUAUGCGUGAAAACCUUACUGAGAUGGUUUACGAGAUAGGCACCCGAGAAGAACCAGACCCUAAGGGCCGGAUUGUACCAAUGCUGUUAUCAAAGGGUCCAAUCUUUCACAGUGAUGAGUUUUUUCUUGUUGCUGAGGAGCAGAUUGUUCAGGAAUUUGAGGAAUUUACCAUUGCUGACUUGACUGAUAUCUUUCUUUUCUUUUUUUUUUUUUUUUUUUUUCUCUUUUUCUCUCUCUCUCUCUCUCUCUCUCUCUCUCUCCGGAUACCCCCCCAAACUAUCACCCUAUAA